AUGACUAUCUACUCAUUUUAUGUCUUUGAUCGACAUUGUGUUGCUGUAUAUUAUCAAGAUUGGCAUCGAUCGCCGUUAAAAGCAGCCAGGCCGGAUCCUAACGUACUGCCAUGUGUCUCACCAGCGAUUUCGCCGAUGAAUGAACCCAGCCAAACGAGAAUGAACACAGACCUGAAUCGACAGCAGAGUGCGAUCGGCAAUCUGCCGUUUAGCAACCGGACAGGUGUCGUCAUGGGAGGCGAAGAUGUUCCGAGCGAUCUCCAAUCUCUGGUUUCGUCUUCGAUCUUAAAGAAAUCCAUCCCUUCUCUCAACACCAAUCAACUCUCAAAAGCAGCUACAGAAAAUGCAAAUGAUGAUCAAACUCAGACUUCUAAAAACCCAGGCUUACCAUUCGAUGAAGAGGCUAAAUUGGUCUAUGGCGUUGUUUUCAGCUUACGGAACAUGGUCCAAAAACUUGCCGGCAAGCAAGAGGUGCUUCAUUGCUACACUACUUCAGCGUACACGUUACAUAUCCUCACCACACCCACAAAUCAUACAUUUACCCUUUUCACUUCCCCGAUGACCGAAAGUUUGAGACCGGCCCUUAAAACGUUAUGGAGGACUGCUUGGCUGGACUUUGUGGUUCGGAACCCAUUAGUCUCUAUCGAUAGUAAAAAAUCGGGGAGAGGGAUUGAUAAUGAAAUGUUUAGGAGAUCGGUCGAUAAUCAAAUGAGAGCCCUGCCAGUAUUCAAUUGA